CCCCGCUCGCCUCGCGCACCCGCGGGCGCCGGCCGGGGACGAGGGCCUCCUCGUGGAGGCCGCCUACGGGGUCAAGCUCGUCGCUGACGCCCGCGUCGCCGACCUCGAAGGCGAGGCCUUCGACCUCAUCGCACUGCCGGGGCGUCCACCACUCUCCUCUCCGACCACAAUCAAGGGCGGGAUGCCGGGAUCAAUUAAUCUCAGAGACUGUAAAGUGCUCGAGAAGAUGGUCAAGAUGUAUGCAGAGAAGGGGGAACUCUACGGCGCCAUUUGCGCUGCGCCCGCGGUGACGUUGGCCCAUUGGGGCAUGCUCAAAGGUUUAAAGGCGACUUGCUACCCGUCAUUCAUGGAGAAGUUCACUUCUGAAGUGAUCCCUGUGAACUCCAGGGUGGUGGUGGAUAGAAAUGUGGUGACCAGCCAGGGUCCACGAACAACAGUCGAGUUUGCUCUUGCUUUGGUGGAGCAGCUAUAUGACAAAGAGAAGAUGGAGGAGGUUGCUGGACCUUUGGGAACUCCGUGCCCUUUAUACUUUGAAUUCUGCGGAGAUGGUUCUCAUUUGACCCCAAAAAGAGAAUGGAGUGAUGUAAGAGUUGUGAGAAAAUUGCGAGGGUUGCGUCAGCAAGAGAAGUUUGCCGCACGUAAUCAUUUCAGAGGGCUGCGUGAUAGUCAGCAAGCGGGCGGGCGCAGGCCUACUCCCCUAUUCAUGCUUGCAAUGGAUAACCUGAGGGAUAGGAAGCUUGCAGAGCAGCGUACCAGGGAUUCUGAUAUUCCAGAAUAUCUUACCUGUCCACUGUGUGGCCAAGUUAUGAUUGACCCGGUGACAAUUGCCACGGGGAAGACGUUUGACCAACAGUUCCUCAAGGAUUGGUUUGAGAAGAAGGGACUUGUCUGUCCUCUGACCGGCGAGCCUGUAUCAGGUGCUAUUGUCCGGAACGAGCGAAUUAGAGGCUACUUGAAGGAGUGGGAAGACUCUAAGGUGGAGCUGAUCACCAAGGAACCAAUAGUUUUAUUUUGCAAAGCAUUGAUUGACGAUUCAUGGAGCCGGCGCUCGAUCCCAUUUUCUGUCGCUCGUCGCCGGCCGGUUCCGGCCAUUUCCUGUUGUCUCGAGUGUUGAGGGUUUCAGCGAUGGAGAGGGAGACGACGGUGACUAGCUUUGCCUCGGCGAGGGAGACGACUGUGACGAGAUCUGCCUCGACAAGAUGGCGCGAAUGAGUACCUACAACAACCACUACAUGUCUUCUUGCAAAUUCGUGGCGUAUGCCGACGGAGGUCAAGCGAGCACCAGCCAAGGAUAACGUACCAUAUCUGACACCCGUCGAGGAGCACGUCAACAUGCUCAACCGCGAGCUCAUAUAUUCUGUUGGAAGUACCAUAGGUGCAGCGACGUCCUAAGCAAACGGGUUUUAACCCAUUUGAGUGACGUAGUUUCAAACAGUCACCUUGUGUGGGCGGGCGAUAGAGGAUCCAUCGCACACACUA